AAAACAGUGUUGAAUAACCCCUGCUAAACUUCAAUCACAAUCAAUGGGAAAAUCGUAGUAGUCACUUGUUUUUCCAUCAGAGUGUAAUGGAUUGGUAUUGAAAUAUAUUAUAUAAACAUUUAUAACUAUAUAUAUAUAUAUAUUUGCAUAUAUAUCUAUGUAUAUAUAUUUACGUAUAUAUUUAUCGGACUUUAAUCUAUUUCAAUACCAAUCUGAGAAACAGUUCAAUUAGCCCUUUGAUAGUAAUUCAUCAAAAAUGUCCAUGCAAUUCGAGCUGAACGAACCGGUCGCAGUCUAUAGGGUAUCCUACAAGCUGUACCUAUCCGAUAUCAAGGGUCUGAUGCCACGUGCCGCCCUAAAGGCCACCGAGUUGAAUGUGCGCGGCUAUAUGACACGCACCCAAUGUGGAUAUGCGGUGAGCGGUGAACUGGAGGGCACACAGGAUAAGCUGCAGGAGAUGAUGUCCUGGCUGGAGGAGGAGUCGCCGAAGGGUGGCGAGCUGCCCAAGUUUGGCCAAUAUCAGCUACAACUGAAGCCCGGCUACGAUGAUUUCUUCUGUUGUUAAAAAGAAAAAAGAUGCUGUAAAUAAAAAUGUUGCAAGUGCCACAAAA